AUGUUUCCAGGAUUCCUUCUCGGCUAUAUGGUAAACACAGAUUGGAAAAAUGAUAAAUCGGUCGAAAUAUCGAUAAGCGCCAUCAAGAGCAGAUGGAAAACUUCAAGAGGAAUUGCAUUUUCGGACGAGUAUAUUAGUCCAACACGUGGAAGUGUUCUGAUAAGCGUCAACAGCGCCCGCUUUAUGUUGGCACUUUCGAAAUGGCACUGCGUUGUCCACUGCAUUCGGUUGAUAAACUCCGCUAUCUUCCACAGAAUCAAAAACCCAUCAAGCAACCAGAUGAGUAAAAAAAUUGUCCCCGCCAGUAGUGAUUGGCGUAUCAUCGAUCAAGAACGCAAAUCUUUCCCCAUUGGAACAGCACCUGAGCCACCAAGACUUACUUAUGCUGAAAUGGAUUUCAUCAACGCAAAACCCGGUCCGUACGGUGUCAUCGUUAGCAAGGGAGCUCCUGAUGAGGAGCUUAUCCAUUAUUCGGACGAGGGUGUCCCUCCAUUGGAUUUGUUCUUUGAACCCAAGCAUGGAUCCAUAGUUGAAGGAGAGAUCCAAGCCUCGUAUACGGAGCGAAUCAAGAAGUCUGCGCCUGUACGAACACAUACAACUUCUUCCAAAAAGAGGAAGACACCUCCGAGUUCCGAGCCAGCUCAGAGCAAGAGGAGUAAAACUGUGAGAAGCGUUAUAGAAAGAGAGAUGGAGCCAAACGCUGUGGAAAAUGCGGCACAAGAGGUGGACUGGGAGGAUGAGCAGAAAGCUAGCAGAAGGGCGGAAGAAGAGAUUAAGAAAAAGGUAGAAGAAGAGGUUAAGAAGAGAGUAGAAGAGGAGCUUAAGAAAAGGGCAGAGGAAGAGGCGAAGCAAAGGGCAGCCGAGAAGGCGAGGGAAAAGGCCGAAGCAGAAAUUAAGAAGAGGGUAGAAGAAGAGGUCAAGAAGAGGAUAAAAGAAGAGGUCAAGAAGAGGGUAGAAGCAGAGGUUAAAAAGAAGGCAGAGGGAAAGACAAUGCAAGAGAUUGAGGGAAUGUCAGAAGAUCAGGCUAAAGAGAAAAUUGCCUGGAGGAAAAGCAAAUAA